AUGUCAUUCCUGUUGAGAGGUACUGCACUUUCUCUGAUUAACUACCCCUGCUCGAUCAGCAUUGCUCUCCUAUUCUUAGACAUCGACUCAUGUCAUGACAGUAUGCCACAGAAUUUUCAAGAUGCCGUCACAGUGACCAGAAUGUUGGGCAUCCAGUACCUCUGGAUAGAUUCGUUGUGCAUUAUUCAAGACUCAAAAGAAGACUGGGAAAGAGAAGGUGCUAAGAUGGGAGAUAUCUAUCACAACGCCUAUGUGACAAUCGCUGCUACCUGUGCGAGUAAGAGCGAAGAUGGGUUCCUCCAAACCGACUUCGUUGACUCCAGAACAUUGAUUACCUUUCCGACGGAAUCUUUUUCCAUGUCAUAUUGCAACCUAGUGCUCCAAGAGACGGAUGUUGUUGGCUCGCAUUGGGAAGAGGGAGUUGAGGACGCCACAUGGAACUCACGCGCUUGGACUAUGCAAGAGCGAUUCCUGUCUCCGCGGACUAUUCACUUCUCAAAGCACCAAAUAUACUGGGAAUGCCAAACCCAAAAACUAUCCGAGACUGGCGAAUCCAUUUUUCAUGCACCCUUGACCCCGCCUGAUCGCCCAUCACUUUUCGUCGAGGAAGAACCAUUACCCAAUGGGGAAGAAUCCGUUGAGAUAUCAUCAAUCGCAGCAUAUAAGAAUGAUAUGUACGACUGGUGGUACACAAUAGCUGCGCGAUACUCAAUCCGCAAUCUCACAUAUCCUUCGGACAAACUCCCCGCUUUGUCUGGACUUGCAGCCCUGAUGUCUAGCCUUACAGCUACCAAAACCCCAGACUCCUAUCUCUGUGGCAUCUGGGAGGGAGACUUGGCUUUCGGUCUACUGUGGCGCUAUAGCGAUGCUAGAUUUCAGGGUCCCUUCACGUCACGAGCACCAUCAUGGUCCUGGGCUAAGAGCGAUAAUCAAGUCAUCUGGCGUGACCGUGAAGGUGCAGCAAGGUCACAGAUACGAAUGAUCUCUAAGAAUGUACAGCUUCAAGGUCUUAAUCCGUAUGGAGAGAUCAAAGCCGCAGUACUACAUUUGUCUGGCAAGAUUAUUCCGGUCGCGCUUCAGGUUCCAGCCUCUGCACAAUUCCGAAUGUCUGAUCCAAAGAUACCAUCACAGUUUCCGUGUGAGAUACGGCGCCUACAUGAAACAGAUAUAGUUGCCAUUGGAUCUCUAGAUAAUCCCGAGGACCGAGAUGGGCAACGCUUACAUCUGCUGCAAGUAGAAAGGCAAGACAUUGGAGUGACGGGGAGGGAAAACAACUGGUCUGGUCUUCUAAUGCAAAAGGUAGACGUAGGGUACAGCAAUUACCUACGCAUCGGCGUGUACAUCCUAUGUCGAGAUCAUCUUGGUAUUUUCGAAACCGAAGAGGAGCGACCUUUUACGCUUGAAUGA